ACAGCAUGGAGCAUCACCAGUGACUAAAUUGGUACAACUAUGGAAGGCUUCGGGUAGAAACAGAUUUGACAGGGGAAAAGGAAAAGAUGUAAACAACAGGAUAAAAGGUAAACCGAUUCGCACCGACGGCGCUGCAGCUUGUUUCGUUAAAGUUUAUUGUAAAUGUGGAUCUAAUAUUUCUCUCGCUGUUUGGGUUUCCUGAACGGAUACAUCAACACUUAAUGAAUUCACUCUUUUCCCCCACAAUAACACCUUAAUCUACAUUUAACUUGUCCAAAGUUGCAAAAGCACAGAGCAAACAUAGAAGUAGGUUUAUCCGUCCUUAUGUGUGGGGGCGUAGCAGCAUGUCGUGUGCCUAUAUGGCAUUUGAUAUCGAGAAAGAAACAAACCAUCCUGUGAUAACAAGAGCUUUGUUGUCUGAAAUACACAAAACAGCUUAAAAAAACAGCUUGUAUUUGCCAUGGAAACGACAAAACUCACUCAUGUAAACUUUAACCUAGUGUAUACCACAAAUUGUUCAAAAACAGACUAAACCUAUGAAAUUUGCAGCCUAUUCAUGGGGGUCGCCAUAUUGGAAACUUAAAUUCAACGUAACUCAAGGUUGACCACUAGGGGGCGCAAAGGCAGGGCUGCCUUAACCUGCUGUAGGUCCUGGGGCUGAGAGGUUUCAUGGGUCCCCCAUCAUAAACAAAGCAUAGUAUCUGGGCAAUCUACAUCGCAAAAUGCACUGAAUUCUCUCCAGACAUACAACAUUAUAUUCUCCCUUUCUGAGCCCGAAAACAUCAUUAUAUUCUAUUUAACUGAUAGGGCCCUGAACUUAGUAGGCCCCUGGACAUCAGCCCAAGUCAGCCCAUGCAUGAAGGUGGCCUUGCACACAGGUGCCGCUAGGUCUCCAAAAAGAAACAGCGACCAGGUCUUUUGAAACAAGGCAUACUGAAGUGAUUUGACCCUUGAAAGAAAUAAACUUACUUUAAUAAACCGAAACAGAUAACCUAUGCUGCUGUUUGUAAUGUUAGAAUAAAAUGAUAUGUGACAGGCAUUGGAAGUGACGACCUCUUGUGUUAGGAAAGGGAGGAGCAGGAGUAACCAGGGCAACAGCUCUGUGUAUCGGAGGCUACAAGUUUGUUAAUACUGAUAACGAUACUGUUAUCUGUGUUGGUGUAGAAGCAAUUUAAAAAAAUGUUUUUAACAAUCACACAAAAAGGCUUACACACUUAAAAGCGCAUUGCCCCACACAAAGAGGAUUUCAUACUUAAAGAAGCUAGAUUUAACUAAUUCUCAGUGCAAACAAAAAAGUAAAAUGAACCAAAGUAUUUAAACAGGCUAAGUGAAGUUUAGUUCUCCCUUCAAUAUUUCCCUCUAAAAUAUAAUAGGCUUUGGUGUAGCAAGUGAUAGGAUAAAACUGAAGUGCACUGAAAAUAUCUUAAACCCAUCACUCUGACAGUGGUGCUACCUGUACUCAAAUACACUCAGCCUCUCUACAAACUUUCAGACUAUUAUUAAGUACAGUGGGGAUAUAGCAGGUGAUUGAAGUAACUUUUUUCUGUAAUCAGUCUUUAUGUAACCCUUAAGUAAAGUUCUUUGGGUUGUUAAAAGAAGUGAUGAUUGACAAAGCUAUGAAUGACAGUAGUGUCACAAACUAUGCAAUUUAGCAUUAUUUUUGUCUGUAACUGACAGUGGCUUCACACAAGGCUGCACUUACACUAUGCCUUGAUGCCAGGAUUGGAUAUAAAGAGAAAGUGUUGUGUGGGUGGGUGUCUGAGCAAUGGGCUCUGGUUUCUAACAUCUGAUUGGUCUCCAAUUUCAGGCGAUAUAAGUGAUGAAGUAAACAGCUGGCUCAGUAAAGUAGCUUCAGAAAACAACUGAAAAGUAAAGUACCUGUUUGGUAUUGAUAAACAUGCUCAAUACAAAAUCAAUACCUUCUAAGUAUAUUAGGAGUUUUUUACAUUUAUGGAAUAGGCUAAAGUUCAUACUGAUGCCCUCUCAUGUUAUUUAGAGGCAAACGAGACCAUCGUAUAUCAUUACCUAUAUCAAUACCUAAAACCAGUGCAAGGGGGUAGGUGUCAGCAGAACAGCUGAAGAGUCAGUCCUGUUCUUACAAUUUUCAUUUACAAAACUCACAAAAAAAUGACACUUGGACUGUCAGGAGUCAGCAAGAAAAGAUAUUGUUUGCCAUAAGACAGUACUUGAGCAUGUAAAUGACAUGGUAAGCAAAGACUGCUUUGACCACAGUUGGCAUCAAAGCUGACACACACCAAAAGUUCCUAAAAAGGUUCAAGUAUUAAGACUUAAGUAUCAAUAAAUCAAAACUAGUUCAUUCAGGAAGCUUGGCAAAACCGGAUUGGCAUCAAGACUUUACGAAAAAGCACAAAAAAAAGCUAAAAAAAUGCAACUCAGGACUGACAAUAUUUGUAAGAAAACAGAAAAACAAGCAUCAAUGGAUGCAUGUCACUCUAAGACUUAGGCAUCUUUAUCCAGUGGCCUCAUUUCCCUCUCUUUUACACUUUUCUUGUUGAAACAGUUCAUCAUAAUUAAGACAUUAAUCAACUGAAAAGCUGAUUACAUACAGAAUUCUAACUGCUCUGUUAUGGAUCACACAAGAGACGCAGAAAUAUCUAGUAUCAUCUAUCAAACUCGUUAUUUAAAUUAGCAAAACAGUGGCCUAAAAUGUUGUCUUUUUGUUUGGGGAUGACUGUUUUUGUACAGAUGUUAGUGAAAUAAGAACAAGCCUAAUUUAAAUGGCCCAUGAAUUCCUGAGUUUGGAACCUGAAUGCUUAGCUUAGCUAAUGCAUUUAGUGAAAUGUGGAUGUUGUUGUGGGCUAGGAUGCAUGACUCAUAGUCACAAACAAAAAUCUUUUCAGCAAAUACUUGGACACAAAUGGAGGUCAAAUAUGUGACUGAAGAUGUUUCCAUGUGGGGGAGUCGUAAUUAGGAGCCAAAUGAAAGGCACAGUGAAUAUCUGCUUGCUAAGAUGUAUUUUGGUUGGUUGCCUUGACAGAGAGAAAGAGGAGGCAGCUGAUUUCAAGGGAGAGCAGUCCUUCAAGUUGUCACACUGCGCCCUCUGGUGGGGACUUUUUUGCUCUUGUGGCCUGCUUCAUUUUUUGAGCGCAUCACAUGCAAACAGUCUCACAAUCAUGAGACUAAAGGUCAGCGGUCACAGUGUUUGCAGCCCCAGGUGUAGAGAGUCAUAUGAGGUAGUGAUACUGAGGAAGACAAAAGAUAUCAAAGUUUAUUUACUGGAGCAAAGAAAACUUGGUGCCCUCUGGCCGGAAGGAGUGUGUGACUGUAGAUAUCACAUAUUCAUACCCAUUGGCAACAGCAGCUGGCCUUUAUUGUGGUCUUCCUAUCAGCUGGUCUUCAACUGAUCCUUUGUUUUCAGUUCCAGUGUCAGCUCACUCUGUGUGUGAGAGCAUGAGGAAAUGUGAUACCACAUGAGCCAAAAUCAAAAAUGUCAGACCCAAAGAGUCUCAAUGAAGAAAGAUAUGAUAAAACAUAUUUUUUCAAAGCACAUUUUUAAUCUAAUUUUAAACUAAUCAUUUUUUUUUUACUUCAUACUGAGUAUACAUUACAUCUAUAAGGUUAAAAAAUAAUAUCUGUUUAGGGACUGCUGGAAAAUACAUCCUUGAAAGUUCUCUCUCUGUGGUCUGAUAGGCUUCAAUUGCAAUUUUCACACUAUAAUGUCAGGAAAAACAGUUUACUUAAGCCCUAGUUGUGGUCUGCUGUGUGUGUGAGAGAGAGAGAGUGUGUGUGUGUGUGUGUGUGUGUGUGUGUGUGUGUGUGUGUGUGUGUGUGUGUGCACAGGGGGACUGAUCAUGGGGUCAUGUGCCUAUUUUAAUCCAUUGACCCUCAGUAGAAAGUAGACCACAGUUCAUGCAGAAAACCAUCCCGACUAUAAAACAGUUGCACUGAAAACAGUUAAGGGAUCCUGUUUUCUUUUCAUAAAGGUGAAAUAAAAGAGCAAACUUUAAUUAAGCUUCACUUGGCAGCACAGGUGAUCUACAAAUCUCCUUUUUGAAAGUGCUUCAGUUAACUCUCAUUUGAGUGAUGUUAUGUUCUCACUCUCUGAAGGAAGUCUGGGUGCAGUUUGGGGUUGUGUGCAUCUAGGCUGAUCGCCCCUCCUCACGAUGUAAGCUUCACCCUGAGGUUAGGCAGCAUGUGACUGGCUCAACAAAGAGGAGGGGGUGCCGGGAAAAAAAACCCCUGAAGAAUUUAAGCCAGUGUGACUCAAAUGGGCUCUCCCACUCUGCGUGUUUGGUUUGCUUGUCGGGGACAGCUUGUCCGGCUAUGAUGUGGCCCCUGAUUCUUGUUUGUUUUAUAUCAUUUUUUUCACCUUCCUAUCAACAGUUUCCUCGUCAGUGUGCCAACCGGGAAUCUUUGCUCUCCAAGGAGUGCUGCCCGGCUUGGGAAGGAGAUGGCUCCCCCUGUGGAGUCAGCUCAGGCCGGGGCUCAUGCCAGGACGUGGAGGUGUCAGAUGAACCAGAUGGGCCGCAGUACCCCUUCACGGGGUUGGACGACAGGGAGAGGUGGCCCUUGGUUUUUUACAACCGGACUUGCCAGUGUGAAGGGAACUUCAUGGGUUUCAACUGUGCGGACUGUAAGUUUGGCUACUUCGGGGAGAACUGUACUCAGUGGAGGGCGUCUCUGAGGAGGAAUGUUUUUCACCUAUCCCAUGAUGAGAAGAUUAAACUGGUGUCCUACUUGAAUUUGGCCAAGCAGUCUGUCAGCAGGGACUAUGUAGUAGCCACAGGGACCUACCAGGAGAUGGAAAAUGGCUCUAACCCCUUGUUUGCUGAUGUGUCUGUGUAUGAUGUCUUUGUGUGGUUGCAUUACUACGUGUCCCGGGAAGCUCUGCUUGGUGGGCCUGGAAAUGUAUGGAGUAAUGUGGACUUUGCUCAUUGGGCCCCUGCAUUCCUCCCGUGGCACCGUCUGUACCUGCUCCUAUGGGAGCAUGAGAUCAGGAAGCUGACCGGGGAUAUGACAUUUACCAUCCCUUACUGGGACUGGAGAGAUGCCGAGGCAUGUGACGUGUGUACAGAUGAGCUGAUGGGGGGCAGGAGUCUGCAGGAUCCCAGUUUACUCAGCCCAGGCUCAGUCUUCUCCUCUUGGAAGGUAAAAACACAAAAAGAAGUUCUUCAGCCUCUUGGGUGGACUUCCUUUUCUUUUCCUCUGUUCAUUUUUUUCAUCUCUGGCCUACAGUAGGCCUAUUAUGUAAAUGGACUGACUCUGCAGUUCCAGUUUGAAUAUUGAAAUAGGAUUUAGUUCUAAAAUGUUGUCAAAAGCCCGAUCUUAAGCCUACACAUUCAAACACUUGUACCAAGAAAAGACUGUGAGUUUAUGUCCAGAAUAUAAAAGAGAAUUUUAUAUUUCGCUUAGUCACACACUAUAAAGCCAAAUUUCAUAAUCAAAUCUCACCACAUAUGCAGCUCAGUUCUGAAUCACUUAGAAUUUAGAAUACAACAAAACAUUUUGGGGUUUUUGAAAUGGUUACCUACAGUUUUUAAACAGUUUCUGACAUGAAUAAGAUCAGAGUAAGUAGCACAUAAACAAAGUUGUCAUUGACAACUUAGACUAUCGGCAGUCCUGUAAAAACAGACAUUAUGGGCGUGCUGUCUGGUGAUUUAUCUUGGCAGUAAUUGACUCAGCACAGGCAAGCUAAAGCAGGUCUAUAUUUCAUGUCACUGUAUCUGAUGUACACUUCAGUGUUUGCAUCUGUGUCCCCAUUAACAGGUACUCUGUUCUCGAGCAGAGGAGUACAGUCUCAGAGGUGUGUUAUGUGAUGUGAGCGAUGAAGGGCCGUUGCGGCGUGACCCUGGAAACCACAACCGUAGCAUCGUUCCACGGUUACCAACUUCAGCAGAGGUGGCGUUCACUCUCAGCCUGAGCAACUAUGACACUGGAGCCAUGGACCGCAGCGCCAACAUGAGCUUCAGGAACACUCUAGAAGGUAAGACAAACAUGACAGCAAGUACAUAUGGUCACAAACACACACUAUUGUCCCUUACAUGUUUGCAUGGCUGCUCCUUUACGCUCACCACAUAAACUUUCUGAUGCCCAUCAACACUGUCAAACUCAUAAUCAGGAAAGACCAAACUCUUUCUGCUUCUAAUGCAUCUUAUCUGCCGUCAAAAGCUGGUAAAUGUAACAUCAAUGUGGUUCAGGGGUUUUCAUUCUUUGUUUUGAAGGUUAGAUGUCAUUUAUAGAUAUAGGUUGUUAGUCAAUAUAAAUUCUGAUGCUUUAUUGAUGGGUGUGUAAGUCAAAAAGGCAUGAAUCAGAUAUUAAAUUGGAGCUAAAAAUUGAUAUAAAUUCAAAUUAGCAUUAGCAGAAUGAUAUACUAUUUACAGUGGGCAGAUUUAAACAAAAGAAUCCAAAUUACCCAAGAGAAGCAGAAAUCAGACAUUUGGGUUGAGAAAUAGAUAGUUAGAAAAAUUGAGUUUAAUUUUUUCAAGCUUUAAAUAAUAAACUUCUUCUUUAAAUGAGCGCAAAACAGGGUAGAUGCCAUUGUUUCUGCAUGUGCUAUUGUAACAACUAAGCUUACUUUUGGACCCAUGUCUUCUAAAUCCACACAAUUUGAUUCCUGUUUGAGUUUUGUUGUUGUUGUUGUUGUUUAGUCCAGCAUACUAAGUGGCUCCCGCUUAUCUGCUGCAGUUUAAUUCUGCAGCAUUUAAAAAGAAAAUCAAAAUGUCAUGAUCUGUCAGAAACUCUGAUGUUCACAAAUUGAAUUUGGUUUUCAUGCCACCGACAUGCAGCAGGAACAAGUUGUAAACACUAGCCUGACAUUUAUUUACAUAUUGAUGCAGCAAACUUGAAAGCAGUGCUUGAUGGCACAUCCAGAAACAAAACAAAGAUAUGAUCAGUUCUAUUUUCUGACAACACAUGAAUGUAAGUUCAAUAUUCUCUCUGUCGUAGGUUUGUAUCUUGUGAGGAUGUGGCUGUUUAACAGCUGAAUGCACAAUUACAUUUACUAAUAAUCUCCUAAUUUGGUCAGUUUGCUGCUUAAUGAGUGACCUGCAAUGUGAAUUUUGAGCUUUUACUCUAAAAACCUCAUCUUUAUCUGUCUAAAACAGCUUUAUAAGGUCAUUGAAAAUGGGCUCAAAUGAAUUAAAAUGGACUAGAACAACACAGUUGAAUGCUAAGGGUACAAAUAAUGACUGAUCAUCAAGCAGAGAGGCAGAAUCCACCCAAACUAACAUACCAGUGUGACAUUAUGGUUUUAGACAAACUGAUUUGCUCAGAACCGCCUCCCCUAUCCAAACUGUCCUUGUCUAAAAGCAGAUCUUAAAAUGAGAAUCUUGAACAGUCAUCCCCUCACUGUGUGCACUGAGAGCGAUGUUCAUUAAAACGAGGCCACAAAACAAUACUACUGUUGUCCAGUUGAGAAAUCUAUUUCACUAAAGGCAUUUUGUGCAUCCCAAAUACGUCAGCUCCACCUCAUGUGAGUCCCUGCAAAUAAAAACAGGUCUUACAUCUAUUUGAAGGUUGACUUCAAUGGAAGUUUGAGGUUUACACAAAUUUGUGGCUUUCUAGCCUGUAAAUGAUCAUCUUCUUUAUACCUCUUUUUCUCUUGAUAGUAGUUCGAAUUUGCUGUUUCCAUUUGCUAGAACUAUAAAAAUGAAUUAGAGAAUCCAAAAACUUUAAAACAUCUGAAUUGGUGGUCUAUAAUAAAUCUGGACAUGUUUACAUACUUCCUAGUAAAGAAGAAAGGCUGUUUGACUAGUCUCUAAAGCAUAAUGAGUUUUAUUUUCAUGUGGUUGAUAAAAGACUUCUUUAACAACUACUCAGAAACCAAUGUCUCCUCCAAUAAUAAAAUCUGGUAAACAUCAGCUGCUGCUCUUGUUUUUGCCAAUUUGUCCUUUUUGCUGGGAAAUCUGCCUUCCAACACAUGGUUUUAAAAAAGAAAAGGAAUAAAUAUAAAAUAAUCAAAUAAAACUGGAGAAUAGAAUCGUGGUAUAAUCACUGUUAUCAAUAAAGGGAAGCUGACUGAAGACAUGAGACAAAAGACAAAAUACUUGCUAAAUUCUGUUAAACUGUUCAAGAAUACUGAAUUACUUUCUUAGCUUCAUCAUAGCUUUAAAAGAUAUCAUCUUUAUUACCUUUAAAUUUGAGGUAGUUAUCAAUGUGAGUUCUUGAACGUCUGAAACAAUGAACCCUUUAGAUGAGUGGACACAACUAGAUAUACUAUUUAAACGUUUUACUUAUGUUUAUCUCCAAAGUAUUCAUUAGGCACCAGAUUUUGAGGAGAGGUCUGUGAUUAAAAUGUACUGGAUACGCUUUUUACAACCUAAACACAAGUGUAGACUCAAUUGUAAAUUAAUCUCCUGCUUUGAUUUGGUAUAAAUUUUAAAGCCCAUCUUUGUGUUUUCCUUAAAAGUAGUUCAAAUUUUUUUUAAAGGGCCCCCUCAAAUGAUUGAGCUAGAUUAAUUAGAUUAGCCAGAAAAAAAUGAUAAUGAUACAAAAGUUCAAAGUAUGUAUAAAAAUCUUUUAGUUGCUAGUGCAAGUUGUCAUUUAAAUAUAUAUUCUUUGUAACUGUUUGAAUCUAAUCUUAAUUAAAAAUAAAAAACUGCUGGUAUUGUAAUUCAAAUGCGUCCAAAAAUUCUAAAGGUUUUAUAAGUGAAUCUUUAUUAUGUGUUUGUAUGAACUGUCUUAUCUUUGAGUAAAACUCUCGGUGCCACCAAGAUCUGCACAGCUGAGUUGAAAAUUCCUCUCAACUCUGCAGUAAUUUUCCUUUGUUGAACUUUGCGUGACUUUAUCUUGUGUUACAACAAAUUCCUUUGUUUCCCCAACAGCCAAAUGCUGCAGUGUUAACUAAAUGCUUUGAAUCUUACAGGAUUUGGGGAUCCCCAGACUGGGUUUGGAAACAGCCCUCGUUUGAACAUGCAUGCUGCUCUCCAUAUUUUCAUGAACGGAUCAAUGUCCUCAGUGCAGGGCUCGGCAAAUGACCCCAUAUUCCUCCUCCAUCAUGCUUAUGUUGACAGGUAAGACAUGUUCAAUCUAACUUUGUCAAAUCCGAGUGGGCUUCUAUUCAAGCACUUUGUAAUGACUGUUCUGAUUUAUUUUCCAUGAAAGUAUCUUUGAGGAGUGGCUCAGAAGGCAUAACCCAUCUGCAUCACAGUACCCAGAAUUCAAUGCUCCCAUCGGGCACAACGCCAGAUAUCACAUGGUACCCUUCUUGCCGCUCCGUAGAAACAGAGAAUACUUUAUUUCAACCAAAGAGCUGGGAUAUGAAUAUUCAAAUCUGCUAAAUUCUAGUAAGUGGUGCUUUUUUUCAUUCAUCUUGGGCCAUGUUUUUAAUAUUCUAUCAAUGCAUGAUCACUGACCAAUACAUUCAAUUUCAAAAAAGGUCUCAAACUGAAACAACUGCUGUGUUUUUCUUUCCCCCAGACCAGCGGAUAGCAGAAGCCAUGCGUCCGUACCUGGAUGAACUGAAGAAUGUAUGGCCCUGGUUGCUGUUUGCAGGGGUCAUGGGGGGGAUUUUAGCGGUGUCUCUUGUCGCUGCUCUCCUGAAAGUAAAACAGCGAUACCAAGACUGGCCCUGGAAACGAUGGGGAAGUUGGAAAAACCCCUUCUCACACCUAAGUGCGUACUUUUCAAAAAUUUUCUGGAUUCGAGAGAAAAAGCCAAUUAUCUUGGACAGCAUCCUGGAAAGACAGCCACUGAUUCUGGACAAUGUCACGGAGGAAACUGGCAACCGCAACUACCAGACAACUAUAUGAAGACACAGACAACCCUGUAUAACAACACACAUAUAUAUAAAUAUGCCUAUCCUGAGCACUGUGAAUUAUACAUUAUAAGAAAUGAUUGUAAUUACUCUAUUAUAUUUGUUAAUGGCAC